AUGACAGACCAGCCGCUGAAGAAGAUUCUCCACAGACUGAAAACCUCAAGUCGGAUGCUUGCUUGGUCCAUUGAGAUCAGCCUGUACUGUUUGGAAUACCGGUCUUGCACUGCCAUAAAGUCUCAAGCCCUCGCUGACUUCAUAGCAGAGUGUUCUUUCAGUGAGAAACAAGCAGGACCUGGUGAGACACCCCUGGAAGCACCAGAAGAGGAAAGAGAAAGACAAUCCCCUCGAGAAUUUAACUGGAAGUUGUAUGUGGACGGGGCAUCCAGCGUUGGGGGUAGCGGUGCAGGAAUAAUGCUAAAAGGACCUGAGGGUUUCAAAGUCUGUUAUGCUCUGCGCUUGGAAUUCAAAGCCUCUAACAAUGUAGCGGAAUAUGAAGCCCUGAUAAAUGGGAUGCUAAUCGCAGCGGAGGUAGGGGUAACUGAUCUUGAAAUAAAUAGCGGCUCCCAGCUAGUAAUCAAUCAGAUAACAGGGGCAUAUCAGGCAAGAGACCAAACAAUGCAGAGCUACUUGGCGAAGGUAAAAGCCAUAGAGACCGAGCUCGUCGAACAGGGGAUUAUGGUACGGUGCCAGAGGAUACCCCGGGAGGACAAUGAGGAGGCAGACCUGCUUAGCCGAUUGUCUAAAGAGGAGCUGGAACAACUCCCUGACGAGGUUGAGCAGGGCCAAAGCUGGAUGACUCCAUACUUGGAAUACCUUGAGAAGGGAAAGCUCCCUGAGGACAAAGAUGAAGCAAAAAAAAUAGCUGCUCGAGCUGCCAAUUACCAAGCAGUAAGGGGAAUCCUAUACAGAAGAGGAAAAUCCACUCCAUGGCUCCGAUGUGUAGGCCCAGACGAAGCAGUCAAGGUGCUGAAAGAAAUACACCGGGGAAUGUGUGGAGCUCAUGAAGGAGCAGGAACGUUGGCGAACAAAAUUUUUAGACAAGGCUAUUACUGGCCCACUGUCAAGAAAGAAGCUGAGGAGUUCGUCCGAAGGUGUGACAUAUGCCAAUGGUUCGCUAACGCCAUCAACGUACCAGCCACCCCUCAGUCCAGCAUAUCUAGCCCAUGGCCGUUCUCACAGUGGGGCAUAGAUAUCUUGGGACCUUUUCCUAAAACCACGGGGCAGAAGAAGUUUGUAGUGGUGGCCGUAGAGUACUUCUCAAAAUGGCCAGAGGCAGAGGCAAUCCCCACAAUUACAGCCAGAAAGAUGAUAGACUUUGUUUGGGGCAACAUCAUCUGCAGGUUUGGGAUACCAAGGAUACUCAUUUCAGACAACGGCAGGCAGUUCAACUGCAGAACCUUUAAGGAGUUCACAAUGAACAUGGGUAUAUGGCACAAGUUCUCUUCAGUUGCUCACCCCCAAACCAACGGCCAAACAGAGGUCACUAAUCGGGCAAUUCUCCAAGGACUGAAGAAACGGUUGGAUGGGGCAAAGGCAAAUUGGGCAAAUGAACUCAACAGCAUCCUGUGGGCACUCCGAACUACCCCCAAGACGUCCACCAAAGAGACGCCCUUUGCACUCGCAUUUGGCACUGAGGCCGUAGUUCCAAUCGAACUACAAGUCCCUACACUUCGAGUCCAGUUCAAUGAUGAGAACGCCAACAGCGAUAAACUGAGAAGUAACCUGGAUGCCUUAGAAGAAAUCAGGGAGGAAGCUCAAGUCCGUACAGCCGCUUAUUAA